GUUUGUUAGAUAGUUGUAGAUGAAACAUAUUUUGUGUGUGACAUUAUUGUGUUCAUUUUUUAAACAGAAGAUAAAACACACAAAGACACACAUACUGUACAUACUGCUGACUCAGUGUUAGGGGUGUGGCACGCAACUACAGAUGUAAAAAAUAGAAAAUACAGCUGCUUAACUAAAUAAAGCAAAAGAUGCAUCACGCAUCUCACUGUCUCGCUCUCUUGCUCUCUCUCUCUCUCUCUCUCUCUCUCUCUCUCUCUCUCUCUCUCUCUCUCUCUCUCUCUCUCUCUCUGCUGAGUGGUGCAAGUGUUGAAGCUGAUAAACCGCUUGAUGUCCACUUCCUCAAUCAUUUACUAAUCAGACUCUGUGUUAUUUCUGUUUCUUUAUGACAGACAGACAGACAGACAGACUGUUGUAUCUGCUCUGCUUAUAGACAUGAAGGCAUUUCUGCUGACACUGACAGUGCUGCUGGCUGUCAUAAGAGAAAACAACGGAAAGCUCACAGUGUUACAACUCCCGAGGUAUCCUUUAGUUUAUGUUGGAGAUUACAUCACUUUGAACUGUAAGGGUGCUGCUGCUGAACCGAUAACAUGGACAUUCAAUAAAGUAGUGCAACCAAAUAAUAAUUCCAUAAUGAUUCUAAUGAUGGUAACACCAGAAAACAAUGGGAAGUACACAUGCGAAAAGAACAAAGAGGAGAGCGAACCGUUAAUACUCACAGUACUGGUGUUGGAGCCGCACGCCCAGUUAUCUCUGCCCAUAGGGGGCGCUGUGAUCACUAAAGGUGAAGCAAGGAUCCUGACACUGCAGGUGGAUGAGGAGCUGGACAAGUGGAAGUGUUUUGCAUUCAGGAAUAAUGUUGGCUACAAGCUUCCAGUGACUAAAAAGCCGAUGAACAUGGGCACUGUGUAUGCAGACUUACAAGAUACAGAAAGAGCAACAUUCUGGUGCAUGAAGAAUAAAACCAAACACAGGAGCAAUGCACUUACACUGAAGAUGACAGAGCGCUUGGUGAUGUUGGAGCCUCCGGUGGCACCUGUGUUGAGGGAAGAAACCAUUACUCUCAGGUGUGCUGUGUGGGGCGGAGCUGAAGUGACACAGGCCGAUUUCUAUAAGGAUAACGAAAAACUCAAAGUUACAACAAAGACUGACGAGUAUGAAAUCACCAAUGCCACAGAAUCAAAUAAUGGCAAAUACAAAUGUAUCGCCACCUACAGAUACAGUCACAUUUCUUCAGCGGCAGCCAUACACACACAUGAGUCUGAUCCACAAGAAUUAAAAGUUAUAGGUGGACCUCCAGUUGCAGUGUUAGCUGAAAAUCAGGGAUCUCUGCAGUGUUCCUGCGAACAGUGUAAAAAAAUACAAAUUGUCUGUGAGACAUACGAAUGGUAUCACACUGAUAACUCGGGUAAUCGCACAAAACUACAAGAGACCAAAUAUGAGAUUCAUCCUACAGUUGGGGGAUCAUAUAUCUGUCGAGCAGCCUGUCAGGAUGGAUUUUCACGAUUCAGCACUCCUCACAUCUACAAAAGACCAUCAGAUGAAAAAGGAAUAUUGUGGGUCGGUUUAGCAGCAAUUAUUCUUUUUCUCGGGGUGUUGAUCAUCAUACUGGUGGCGUUGAAAUGGAGGCACCGUAGAGGAGUGCAGUCACUGGGACGGGGCAAAGAUGACAAGAUGAAAGACAAAUCAGGUGCAGAUUAUGAACAAUUAGCUCUUACCGACAAAGCUGAGUACCACACGCUUGAUGAAGCCAAAGGCCAGGCGAAGGAGGAGGGUGAGGGAGGAUACGAAGCACUGAAGAAGACAGAGGAUAAAGGCGUCUACCACACGCUGAAGGCCGGUGAGGGGUCGGGCGAGGGAGGUUAUGAAGCAUUGAAGAAGACGGAGGAUAAAGCCGUCUACCACACGCUGAAGGCCGGUGAGGGAUCAGGUGAGGGAUCGAGUCAGGGUCAGGGUGGGUAUGAGGCUCUUCAGAACGUAAAAGCCCAAGUGUACCAAACUCUGAGUUCAGAUGGGUCAGGAAAACCUAAAGAAGAAGCAGAGGGAGGUUACGAACAGCUGCCACAGAAAAUCGGAGAUCCUCAAGAUGUGAAGGUGGAGGAAAAUCCAUAUGAAGAACUGAAGGCAUCAAAGGUGGAGAAGAAAGAGUCGACUUUAGAGAAAGAGUGA